AUGAAGAGCUUCUUCGUCCACGCCAUCCUGGCGGCUACAGCCUGGGCUGCCCCCGAGCUUGUCGCCAGGGGUCAGUCUUGCAAAUGCUUCCCCGGCGAUGCUUGCUGGCCUUCCACGGCUCAGUGGAAUGCCCUGAACACGACCGUCUCUGGCAGGCUCAUUGCCACGACUCCUCUCGGCUCACCGUGCCACGACCCGACCUACGACGCUGCCAAGUGCGCCGACCUUCAGUCGAAGUGGCAAUUCUCGGAGAUCCACAUGGACUCGUCCUCCUCUGUCAUGGCGCCCUUUUUCGCCAACCAGAGCUGCGACCCUUUCCAGCCUCGCGAGCGCCCAUGCACUCUCGGCAACUACGUUGUCUAUGCCGUUGACGCUCGCACGCCUGGUGAUAUCCAAGCCGCCAUCAUCUUUGCUAAGAAGUUUAACAUCCGUUUCGUCGUUCGCAACACGGGUCACGACUACAAUGGCCGUUCCACUGGUCGGCAUUGUCAGUAUGGUGGCCGUCUGAUCCCCCGUGCGUCGAUCACCAACAUCACAUCCUACACGCGCCUGAUUGGUAACACUGAGGGUGCCAUCUUCAUUGGCGUUGGCACCGAUGUCUCGUCCUUCGGUUCCAAGAUUCAGAACUCGGUGGUCCCCGCCUGGCGCAAGACACUAGUCCACGCAACCAUCACGACGCCCUGGAGCUUCCAGGCGCCUUGGGCCGACAUGAUUGCCAACCAAAACCUCAUGACCAACAAGCUCAUCCCCGCUAUUGAGAAGCUUACCCCUGGUGGCGGUGUGUAUCAGAACGAGGCCGACUUCCGUCAGCCUCGCUGGCAGCAGGAGUUCUUCGGUGCCAACUACAACAACCUCCUCUGCAUCAAGAAGGAACGCGAUCCCGAGGGCUUCUUCUAUGCCCUAAAUGGUGUCGGCAGCGAGGCGUGGACUAUCGCCAGCAACGGGCGUAUGUGCAGGGCUUAG